AUGAUCCGUUCACCGGGCGAUUUGGGCGCAGACGUUGCAAUUGGUAAUUCACAACGAUUCGGUAUCCCGCUCGGUUUCGGUGGACCGCAUGCGGCCUUCAUGGCUGUUAAGAAGCUUGAUAAGAGAAAUUCACUGGCUAGGGCAAUGCCCGGACGUGUUAUUGGUGUCAGCAAAGGUAUGGAUAAUGAGGUGGCCUAUCGAUUGGCGUUGCAAACACGUGAGCAGCACAUACGUCGUGAUAAGGCAACAUCGAAUAUCUGCACGGCUCAAGCUUUGUUAGCCAAUAUGGCCGCAAUGUACGCCAUCUACCAUGGACCGCAACGACUCACGACAAUCGCCAGAAAUAUUCACAAGACAACCGCUUACAUUCAAUUGCGUCAGUUCAUCUCACUUUCAAAUUUUGAAUUCCUCCUUCUCUUAAUUGGAUCAUAA